AUGAAUUCACAGGUAUGCGGCCCUCGCGGCUGUGGUCGGUCAGCUCUGUGCAGAGCCUUAUGCAUCGACGUGACACGCCACUUGGGCACUUUCAGUGUGAUUGUACACUGUCGCCUGCUUGCCCGCGAGGCAAUCCCGUCGACUCUGGUCUGGAGAGCCUUCGCUGCUGCGUUUGACGCAGCGGAGGCCAACGCCCCUGCCCUCCUGGUGCUGGAGGACUUGGAUGUCUUGUGUUUUUCGGGGGAGGAAGUGGGCGGAGGACCUACUGUUGCUGAAGCACGAGGGGGAGCCAUUGCUGCGUACUUGCUUGACCUGAUCACUCGCGUAUCGCAUGGUGUCGGUGGGAUGGGUCCGUGUGGGUUGGAGUGGUCCAGGGAAAGUAGCAUGGAAGGAUUUGCACGGCGUGUGCUGACUCUGGCAACGGUAGUGGAUGCCUCAUCUCUACACCCUCUUCUCUCUCAGCCGUCGCUUUUCGGUAGUUCGAAGCUACGUGUGCACUGCGACACUUCGACAGUUGGCGCUCGCUUACAAUUGCUACGGGCCCUGUUGAAGUUCGCUUUGGCUAGAUCUGUAGUCACAUCCGUCGACGGCGCCAGUCCCCUCCUACGAGAUUCGCCUCUGGACAACGGGUUGCCCCUCCUGCUUGACGAUGCGCUAAUGACAGAUGAAGGGGAUUUCUGGGAAAUCGCAAACCAGCUUGAAGGAUACAGCCUGGCCGACCUCCAAGCAGUGGUGACCCGUGCCGUCGGAGAGAGCCUCCUGGGGUUUCCCCGGGAUUCUUCAAGGAAUGUCAAACCCUCAGCAGUCAUUCACGCAUCCCAUUUCUGCAAGGCUCUUAAGGAUGUGGUUCCACGGGCAACAGAGUCGCAUUCCUUUAUUCAGCCAGAUUUGCGCUACUCUCAUGUUGGCGGCUUGCACACGCCAAAGGAAGAACUGUACGAUCUGCUGACUUUGCAACGCACAUACCCCUCCUUAGUGAACGCCGCUGGCAUCUCAAUGCAUCAAGGGAUCAUCCUUGUUGGACCCCCUGGAUGCGGAAAGACCCACCUCGCUGUCGCUGCAGUGGGAGAAGCAGGGAUUCGUUGCAUUCAUGUCAAGGGUCCAGAGCUGCUUGGCAAGUUUAUUGGGUCAAGUGAGGCAGCAGUGAGGGACGUGUUCCAGAAAGCACGAGCGGCGAAACCGUGCGCAAUUUUAUUCGAUGAAAUCGAAGCGUUGGCCACAAAGCGUGGAGGCGAUACUACAGGCGUAACGGACAGAGUCGUCAAUCAGCUCUUGUGCUACUUGGACGGCAUCGAGGCGCGCGAAGGUGUUUUCGUAAUUGCUACGACAUCUCGACCUGACCUUGUGGACUCCGCUUUGCUUCGCCCAGGACGCUUUGAAAAGGUGUGCUUUUGUGGACUUCCUAUUUCGAUUGUUGAGAAAACGGAGAUCUUGGCUGUAGCCCUCCAAUCUCUUAACUGUCGUAUUGCGUUCGACGUUGACACUGUGGGGCCGUCGGUUCCCUGGACCUUCACCCCGGCAGAUAUUCAGGCAGCUGUUAACCAAGCGCAGCUUUUUGCGAUCCGGGAAACACUUGCCAGCACGGCAUCUGAGUGGAGCGUGAGUGACUCUGAACAAGUGACGAUAACCGAGGAACAGGUCAUGAAUGCGUUGCACAGCUUCAAGCCAUCUCUAAGCUUGCAGGAACUGCAGCGUUACCACCGGCAUUGUCUUCCCUAUUUAAACAAAACAUACCGAGGGCGGAUUGAGUCAAUCGAACAUUUAAUCGUCUCACAUAUUUCCCAGAAGAGUUUAUUUGACGAUAGCAUCUGUCCCGGCAAAGAGAGAGGCAGCAAGCUUUCAACGGAAUCUCCAGAAGCGUUGUCUAACUGCCGACGCUAUAGAAAGCAUGGCAGUGAUCUGCUGGAGAAAGACAGCAGCAGUUCAAAUUCCUACGAUUCCAUAGGAUUUGAGCCGAGCUUGAUCUCGGUAUCGCCCUUGAAAGCACAUCGUACACAUCUGCAUCCAAAGGACUUCAGCACGUGCAUUAGUGAUGGGGGGUCUGCAGAAAGCACCAGUCCCCAGACGAUUGACAAUGCGCCAAAGCACGAUGCAGACACCAAGAACUGUUCCAAUGCGCCAAGUGACCCCAAGAAAGCGCAGCGGCUCAAGAAAAGUCUUUUACAGUUAGCGGGUAGCAGGGUUGCAUUGGCUUGA